AUGGCUGAGCCUGAUGGCUUCCCAUGCUCACUAGUCAUUCAUGUCCCCUUGCUCACCCACCGCCUGGCCUCGUCGGCCAUGCGAGCUCUGCAGGUAGACGCUGAACUAUCCCCGCUGGUCCAUCGUCGCUUGUCCUUGGUGGUCUCUGCCUCGGAGGAUAUCACGGCGGAUGAUGGUCUGGGUAAGCCAGAGGCGACCGUAUUACGCACUGAGUACAGCGCUACCACGAAUCGAAUGCUGCGAGUGGCUGUCAAUGGGUUCAUGGAGUCUUUGGGUGUUGUUCUGCAUGUUAUGGAGGAAUUGGAUCUGAAUGAGCAGGAGCACCUGUCAUGA